AUGUUUGCCGCUAUUGCAUCUGGAAAUCCGUUACAGCUAUCUACUGAAGUUCCCAAUUCUAAUGGUCUUCAACACACGAUAGUUCUAUCGUCCACGAAACCCAAGUCAUAUUCACACAUUUCGUUGUUCAUUUUACCUAACGUAACGUUUCCGCCAGAAUUUGUUGCAACCAUAUACUUCAAAUUAAGUCCUACCGAGGAAUUCAAGUUAUUUGGCUACUUAAGUGUCGAAAAGCCCAGCGCGAUCUUUAAGGUAAAACUUCCAAAUCAACAUCCAACAAAUCCAAUUGAUGGUCUGGGGGAGAUAGAUAUGGAUGAUGAUAAUCCAAUUAACAACGUUCCUAGCAAUAUAUCGGAGCUAAUAAUUGGUAUUUCCAUCGAACCGAGAGAGGAGGCCAUGUUGAAACUACAAGAGUGGAAGGAGAAGCAACAAGUUGAGAACAGCAAUUCUGCACUAGUUGUUUCUCGCCCUGGUGGUGUUGGAAACAUUUCCACGCCUGGCCAAUUGGCGAAGAUAUAUCCGCUGCUUACCCAGGAACUUGCAGCGAAAAUAGUCCAGCAUGCAUACAAUUACCUAACGGGAUUCCUCGAUCCCCAAGGAAAUGUGUCUAUAAAGCGGUUUGACACCUGGUGGGAUAAGUUCAAGACUAGGCUUGCGAACGAUGGUCAAUUCCUUGAUGAGGUCACGCAAGAUUAA